UUUAGUGAAUGACAAUAUCAUAUGGUAAAAUGUGAUAUAUUAUACACAGUUAUGAGUGUUUUUAUAAAAGAAAAACAAAUAAGUUAUAGUAUUAGGUAGGUAAUUAUUGAACAAACAUGUACUUUAGUGAAAUGAUUUAGAAAGCGAAAAAGAUCAUGUAUUAUUAAAAAAAAAAAAAAAAAAAAAAGAAAAAUAAAUGAGAAUAUGAAAAUUUCAUGAAAAAUUUGAGAUUUUUAAUUUAUAUUAAAAGUGGUAAAAAAUAUUCACUAAUAUGGAAAUUGAAUCAUCAAAUGAUAUAUAUAAAAUACAAGUUAUUAAUCGUGCUCGCAAAAUACCAAGUGUCAAUUAUUUGUGGGAUAAAUCUACAGAAGUAUAUGGACGUUUGAAAGAAACAAAUAUAUUUGUACAUUGGGCAUUUAACACUGUGGAAAAUGUUUUUAAUACUAUGAUUGAAAAAUCAUUACCUAUUGCGAAAUUAAUAGAGAAACCUAUUAAUACAAUAGAUAAAACAUUGUGUCAAGGACUUGAUUAUAUAGAAGUAAAAUUACCUAUAAUAAAAGAAGAACCAGAACAGAUAAUAAAUCAAACUAAAUCUCUGGUAUCUGUACAUCUUAGACCAGCUGUUAAAACAUUUACAGAUUUAAAACAUGAAACUAAACAUAAAGUUAAAGUUAUGAAGUUGCAUACUUAUUGUAAAGUUCAUUAUUUAAGAAUAUAUAGUUGGCAACAAGCAGAUAAAGUUAUGUCAACUGAAACAGGAAUUAAUAUUUUAAAAACUAUUGACAGUACAACUGAUUUUAUUGAAUUAAUAUUGGAUAAAUAUUUACCUAUUCCAUAUGAUUUUGACACUAAUGUAUCUGAAAGAUUAUGCAAUGAAGAUGCUAAACUUCAUCAUACUAUUGAAAGAUUAAGUAAAUUUAGUUCUCAUAUUUCAAAACGUAUUUACUUUGCAUUAAUGGAAUUAGAACAUAUUUACAGAAUGGAAAUUCGUUUGUUGAUAUCUGAUAUUAUUUGUAUACUUUUAUUACUUAAAUACAUAAUAUACCGUUAAAAAUGUGAAGUUUAAUGUAUAUAAUAAUA